UUUAAUCACCGCAAUCAAGUACGAUGUAUUGGUCACUGUUGUUUUUAAUCUGUGGGUACUUAAGCUUUAGCAUUGUAAACACGUGCGAUGACUAUGCUGAUUUCGGAAGUGAGGAUUCUCUUCGACAAAACAUAAUAAAAUUGAGUAAAAAUGAAUUAAUAUUUUCGGACGAUAGCAUACCGUUUUAUGAUCGUGAGCUCAAUGAUACGACUCCCGAUGAUAAUGGCGAGUACGAUUUCAUCGUUAUCGGGGCGGGAACUGCGGGGGCCACUGUUGCAUCGCGACUGAGUGAAAUAAAAGAUGCGACUGUUUUGCUCAUUGAAGCUGGUUCCAAGGAAUACCCAAUAAUGGAUAUUCCCAUGAUGGCUGGAUUCCUGCAGCUGAGCGAUAAGGUGAAUUGGGGUUAUAAAACGGAGAGUUCGGAUAAGUUUUGCCGAGGACUCAAGGAAUCCAAAUGUUCGUGGCCGAGGGGAAAAGUAAUGGGAGGUAGCAGUGUUUUGAACUUUUUGGUUGCCACGAGGGGCCAUAGAGAAAAUUACGACGAAUGGGCCUCGAUGAGUGGUGACAAAUCCUGGUCGUACGUAGAAAUGUUGAAGUACUUUAUAAAAAUGGAGAAUUUUCACAUUGAUGGUGAAGGUUAUUAUAAAGAAUUGCAUAGUAAAGAUGGCCCGUUGGAUAUCUCAAGAUCUCCUUACGAGUCAAAGCUUGUCGAGGCAUUUUUAGAAGCUGGAAACGAACUUGGUUACGAGGAAGUUGAUUAUAAUGGGAUUGAACAAAUUGGAUUUUCUUUGUUGCAAAACACUAUGAUCCACAGUGAACGUUGUAGCACUAAUAGGGCAUAUCUCCACUUUAAAGAAAAAAGGCAAAAUUUGUUUUUAACGAGGGACAGCCACGUAAAUAAAAUACUAAUUGAUGAAGAAACAAAAACAGCUUAUGGCGUGGAAUUCACGAAAUUUGAUAAAACUAUUAUUGUAAGGGCCAAGAAAGAGGUAAUUUUGUGUGCCGGAACGAUAAAUUCUCCACAAAUUUUGAUGCUUUCUGGAAUAGGACCAGCGGAACAUUUACAAGAUUUGGAUAUUAACGUAGUCGUGGAUUCUCCAGUCGGAGAAAAUCUAAUGGACCACAUAAUGUAUGGUGGUUUAGUUUUCAAAACAAACAUCUCACAGACUCCAGUUGAAGCGAAUACGUUUGAUCCCAAUAAUCCGUCGAUAAAAGAGUAUGUAACAAAUAGAAAUGGAAAGCUAACCCUGGCAGUUGGUUUCCAAGCUUUGGCCUUUUUGAACGUGGAUAAUCCUUUUAUUUUCUCAGGUACCCCAAACAUAGAACUAAUUUUUACCUCGUCUCUAGGAAUUAAAGACCCCGUCUUGGCGAAUCUGCUUGGAAUAUCUGAAAACUAUCAGAAUGACUUUGUUGAGAGCAACGUCGAUCAUAGUACAUGGACCAUUUGGCCCAUGUUAACUCGACCAAAAAGUCGUGGAAAAAUUUUGUUGCAGAACGCAGAUCCUAAAACUAAGCCAAAGAUAUACCCAAAUUACUUUGAUCAUCCAGAUGACGUUCGCGUCAUGAUCCAGGGAAUAAGAAAUGCAAUAGAAUUAGCACAAACUAAAGCGUUUGAAAAGUAUAAUUCUGAGCUCUAUAGAAUCCCUCUACCUUGUAAGGAUUACGAUUAUGAUUCCGAUGAUUACUGGGAGUGUGCAUUGCGGUUGUUUGCUUGCACAGUGUACCAUCAAUCGGGUACGUGUAAAAUGGGCCUAGAAGAUGACAGUACCUCCGUCGUGAACUCAAAAUUACAGGUCAUCGGCGUGAAGCGAUUAAGAGUGGCAGAUGCGUCCAUCAUGCCAAACAUAAUAUCUGGACACAUAAAUAUUCCAACCGUCGCCAUUGCCGAAAAAGCGUCGGAUAUGAUAAAGGAAGACUGGGGUUAUUCUUCUUGAUUGACCGUUGCAACGUAAUGUGGCUAUGAAAUUGCUUUUAAAACUUAUUUUUAAUACAAAGUUUGUAAAACACUCGCGUUUUGUU